UUUCGAAUAGCCUUCACGCCAAACAUGGUUGUCUCAGGAUAGACCUUUUGGUUGAUGUGGUAUGGAAUCUGAUAGGCUCAUCCUCGUAUAUUCCACGAGUCCAGUGGAGACUCCAAGGUCCACCCAGCACUCCCAAUCACCGACUGGCACUGCCUAAGGCCUUUGUCUUCCAGAACAAACCUGGAAAUCGUCCAGGUGAGGGUAGAAACGGAGCUACGAUCCCCGGCCGGUGCUUUCUCCUUCUGACUGGUGCGUUUCACGACUCUGCGGCUUUUGAUUUAAUUAACUUCUCCUGCGCCGUGGACGGUUUUGGCCCAGUUCCUGCAGGGUUGCUAUAUUGACCAUGCUAUACGACCAGGAUUCCGUUUCCACUUCUUAGCUUCGAUUUUAACCCGGGUGGCCCGAGAGUUAUCAUAUGUAAUCAUCGGUGCGCCCAUUUUUCUUGGGCGCAAACUCACUAGGGGGCUGAGAUUAGUUCCUUGCACCAGCGAUGCAGGGAAGCUAUGUCGGACUUCAAAGUGGAAUCGUGGAUUUGGUAUGGGUUCACGGUACUAGUCAUAAUCCUUCGAUUUAUAUCACGAUUACAGCUAGUGAAGAGCGUUAAAAGCCUGCAAGCGGAGGAUUACCUUAUGCUCCUGGUAUUGUGUUUCUACACGGGAUUGGUCGUAACCCUGAAUCGGAUCGAACAUGCGCAGACAAAUUUAAUGACAGCGGAUGACAAAGAGGACCUGACCCCGGAAUCAAUCAAAAACCGCAUUUACGGCAGCAAACUGGUGUUGGCAACCGAGCAAUGCAUGUUAGCGACGAUAUGGGGAUGCAAGGGCUGCCUCCUUCUCCUCUACGCCCGGUUGACGGAAGGGAUUAAGCAACAGUUGGCCGUUAAGAUUCUGGCUGGAUAUGUCGUUGCCUCUUACAUUGUUUUGGAGAUCCUCUAUUUUGCGGUUUGGUGCCGGCCAUUCCACAACUACUGGGCUGUGCCAACUCCUAACGAACAAUGUUCAACCGCGACGCAUCAUCUCAUCAUGACUAUGGUGUUCAACAUUUCCUCGGACAUUCUCAUGAUAUGCAUCCCGUUACCGCUGCUCAUAUCGGCCAGUCUGCCCAUACGCAGUAAAAUCACUCUUGUGGGUGUUUUUAGCAUGGGGACUUUCAUCAUCCUAUGCGCCACUCUUAGCAAAGUAUCGAGCUUUAAAAACCCCUUUAGCCCCGAGUGGCUCUUCUGGUACGUCCGCGAGGCUAGUACCGCCGUCUGCGUUGCCAAUAUCCCCAACUGCUGGAGUUUAGUCCGUCGUGUCUUCAACUUGCGUUCCUGGACAGGCAGCUCCCACAGCAAAAACAGAACGCACCACUACAACCCCUACGGAUACGGAACAGGCACACAUAGCCGGACAAGAAGAACGACUGCUUCACAGAAGAAGAGCCUCUGGACGUCCGUCACCAUGUCGGCGGUGGGAAAGACCGAGAGCGUCGAGGAAAUCAUGAGAGACGACACCGAGCAGGGUAAUCAAGGGAUCCCACUCGAAAUCUGGCAUCAGACCAGCAUCCACGUCACGGAAGAACAACCCAAUCCCAAUGAUAGUCACAAUGGGCCAUCUACAGCGCCUCCAGGUCAGCGUUAGCUCCCGGAGUUUGCGGCUGAUAUAAUGAUAGAUAAUCAAAAUAUACGAAUACUAAUGAAAAUUUCACAUGGAUCGAUGAAUGCACUGGUGGCA